AUGAAGUUCAACCGUAACGGCUUUGAGUGCUAUGGAGUUACACAAGAUCCCAGUAGCAAGAAGUAUAUGAUCGUUACAGAUUUUUACAAAGGAGGCGAUCUGCGUCACUUUUUUCGUUACCAUUCUUAUAAACUUAAUUGGACAAAAAAGCUGGACAUGCUUUUGCAGCUUGCUCGGGAUCUCAGAAAUAUUCACAAUGCUAACCUUGUACAUAGAGAUUUCCAUAGUGGCAAUGUGCUUGUUGAUUCUAUCGUAUGCAUUGCUGACCUGGGACAAUCUCGGGACGAAACUUUACAAACCACUACUGAGGUUAGCGGAGUGUUGCCAUAUGUUGCACCCGAAGUAUUAUGUGAACAACCAUAUACCAAAGCUGCAGAUAUAUAUAGUUUUGGAAUUAUUAUGUGGGAAUUCACCUCCUUUCAAUUGCCAUUUCUUGAAAGUCCGCAUGAUAUUGAUUUGGCAAUUAGUAUUUAUAAAGGUUUGCGUCCAAAGCCGAUCGAAGGAACUCCAUCCUGCUAUGUGGAACUAAUGCAAUUAUGUUGGAAUUCUGAUCCAAUGAAGCGUCCUACGGCUGAAUAUAUAGCAAAUACACUGCAAAAUUGGUUUGAAAGUUUAGAUAAGAACAUGAUGUAUCAAUUUCAAGCCUCUGAUGAAAUUAAUUCCGUUCGAGAAAUAUCACAACUAGUUAAUCAAUCGGCCAUCUACACUAGUCGUCGUUUACCAACAAUUCCUAUAGUCAAUGAUUACAGAACGCGUCAAUUCGAUCUCACAUUGCCUGAAGAAAACUAA